AUGUGGCAGGGCGGAGGAGGAAGCUGCGCGUGGCGCGCUACGUAGGGGGUGGCUCUGCCUGGGCCGCGAAUUGCUGUUUACAAGGAGAAUGCUGGUGGUAGAGGUGGCGAAUGGCCGCUCCCUGGUGUGGGGGGCAGAGGCGGUGCAGGCGCUGCGGGAGCGCUUGGGCGUGGGGGGCCGCACGGUGGGAGCCUUGCCCCGCGGGCCCCGCCAGAACUCGCGCCUGGGCCUCCCGCUGCUGCUGAUGCCCGAAGAGGCGCGGCUCCUGGCUGAGAUCGGCGCCGUGACCCUGGUCAGCGCCCCGCGCCCAGAUCCCUGUCACCACGACCUGGCUCUGGCUUCCUUCAAGCGCCAGCAAGAUCAGAGCUUCCAGGAGCAAAGCACCUUGGCAACUGAGGCCCGCGAGACCCGUCGUCAGGAGCUUCUAGAAAAGAUUGCAGAAGGCCAGGCUGCCAAGAAGCAGAAGCUAGAACAGGAUUCAGGGACCAGCCAGGAGACUUCUGGGAGCCGAGCUGCUGGAGAGAAUGAAGCCCGUGAUUGCCAGGCUUCUGGAGAGCAGGAAGAAACAGCCUCCUACUCUCCCCAACCAGGGCCUUCAAAUGGGGUGGCUCCCUUGCCCAGAUCUGCGCUGCUUGUCCAGCUGGCCACUGCCAGGCCUCGACCCGUCAAGGCUAAGCCCCUGGACUGGCGUGUCCAGUCCAAAGACUGGCCCCAUGCUGGCCGUCCUGCCCAUGAGCUGCGCUACAGCAUCUACAAAGACCUGUGGGAGCGAGGCUUCUUCCUCAGUGCCGCUGGCAAGUUCGGGGGUGACUUCCUGGUCUAUCCCGGUGACCCGCUUCGUUUCCAUGCCCACUAUAUCGCUCAGUGCUGGGCGCCUGGGGACCCCAUCCCACUCCAGGACCUGGUCUCUGCCGGCCGCCUGGGAACCAGUGUUAGGAAGACCUUGCUUCUCUGUUCUCCACAGCCUGAUGGUAAGGUGGUCUACACCUCCCUGCAGUGGGCCAGCUUGCAGUGAACUCCAGAGACCUAGGGAGAUGUAGCUGUGUCUGCAGCAAGAACCUUCCUAGCUCAUCUCCAUGUGGGAGGCUAAAACACCCUCCUACCUCUCUGUUUAGUUUUUGAUUCCAGGUUCUUGAACACUACAUCCUUUCUAUGCUCCUCCCUGUGUCAAAGCACUUAUUGGCUGUGUUGUUUUUGUAGUUACCUAUUUCUAACUGUGAACUUCUUGAAAAUGGGGACUGGAUUUGAUUCAUCUGUUUUCUACAGGGCUUAGGUCCCAGGUGGUCUCAAUAAACUUGUUGAAUAAAU